CUCAAGCAGACUGUCGAACGAUUCCAAUCUGCUGAGAGAGAAGAAGUCUGUCUGAAUCUUCCCCUGGGGAGGGAAGCAUCAGCCCUCGACAUGGACAACACAACACAAUUGGCCCUGACCCCUGUCAAUAACAACUUCACCAAGAGCAACUGUUCCCGUGACAACGUGCUGAAGACGGUGGUGUUUCCUGUUCUCUACUCCCUCCUCUUCCUGUUGGGCCUGUUGCUCAAUGGCCUGGCAGUGUGGGUGUUCUUCAGCAUCCCCAGCCGCUCCCACUUCAUCAUCUACCUCAAGAACAUUGUGGUGGCCGACGUCCUCAUGACCCUCACCUUCCCCUUCAAGGUGCUGUCUGACUCCAACAUGGCGUCAGUGGGUCUGCGUGUCUUUGUCUGCCGUGUCUCCUCUGUGCUCUUCUAUCUCACCAUGUACAUCAGCAUCUUCUUCUUCGGCCUCAUCAGCAUCGACCGCUGCAAGAAGACCCUCCAGCCCUUCAAGGUGACCAACAUGGCCCGUCUGGCCCGCAGGAAGCUGCUCUCUGUGGCUAUCUGGGCAUCCCUGCUGACCCUCUCCCUGCCCAACAUGAUCCUGACCAGCCACAACCCCACCUCGGCCUACUUCAAGUGCAGUGAUCUUAAGACGGAGGCUGGGCUGCACUGGCAUGAGGUGGUCAACUAUGUGUGCCAGAUUAUCUUCUGGGGGACCCUGGUGACAGUGAUAGUGUGUUACACCCUCAUCACCAAAGAGCUGUACAGUUCAUACGCCCGCACCAGGGCUUGCCGUUCUAGCGGAGCCAUACACAACGCUGGUACUGAUGGGGGUCAUGUUGAAGGGCAGCGCCAGUCCCGGAGGAAGAGCGUGAGUUCAAAUGUCUUCCUGGUGCUGGCCGUGUUCUUUGUGUGCUUCGUGCCGUUCCACUUCUCCCGCGUGCCGUACACCCUGAGCCAGACAAGGGUACACCUGUUUGACUGCAACAUCAAGCUGUUCUUCUUCCAGCUGAAGGAGAGUACACUCUGGCUGUCCUCCCUCAACUCCCUCCUGGACCCUCUCAUCUACUUCUUCCUGUGUAAGUCCUUCAGAACCACCCUGUUCAAGACCCUCCGUCUCCCACCUGGGACCUGCAGCUGGCUCACUGGGAGAGGGUCCGGCCCCAACACAGGGGAGGAUCAGAACCAAACACAGGAGACUCCCCUUGUAGACAAAUCUAUCUGUAUUUAGGUAACUAAAACUCUAUGUUCUAUCUAUGUAUUGUGAAGAUCUGAUGAAUGUUUCACAGAGGAUCAUACUGCCCUCUCCUGGAAGGUUGACUAAACUGAACUGUGUGUUGAUUAAAAUGCCUGGGCAAUGGGAACAAUCAAUGUAAACUUCCAAUGAUAAAAAAUAUUUUAGCCAGUGAUGAUUAUGACAAUAUGCAGAGCAGGUGUUCCAGUACAGCAAUAGCUCUAUGUUUGUUACACCAGUCUGUUACGGCAGUCUGUUACGCCAGUCUGUUAUGGCAGUCUGUUACGCCAGUUUGUUACGCCAGUCUGU